CACGACCACACGCAAGAUAACGACACCCACAGUAGCCCGCUAAAGAAGGGGUAACGAAGCGAAUACGAGGCCUCAAUUCCUCAAACACCUCCGCCUGAGGUGGAAUGGAUACAGGUGGUGUUCCCUUACCCCGCACUUAAGAUCUGCUCAUUUGAUCUCAUCAUAGAGUGGGCAGAGUAAGACAUUGCAGUCGAGAAUGCAAGCAUGACUGCAAGAAGGCGAUUAAGCUCAAUUGAGCUUAAACGCCGGCUCUUGGAAGCUUCUUGAUCCUGAAGUCUGCGAUCCUCAGCAUGGACUAGUGUCUCCUGGUGGGGAGGACAACCAGGCACAUUGCUGCAGACAUCUGGGAAACGUCAUCCGGUCGGAACAUCCAAUUCCCAAAGUUAUACAGCAUAAUCGCAUAUAUAGCAACGAACAUCGGAUCCGAGUGGGUUAGCGUCACAGUCCAGGUUAAUUCAUAGCAAUAAGCUGCUUCAAGAUGGCUACACCGAACGACAACCAUCGAUUCUCGGUCCUAAUCAUCAACCCAAACACGUCAACCCACAUGACGAACGCACUCAAACCCAUCCUAGAGAGCUUGGAUUAUGCAGAUAUCAACUUCGAGUACUUCACGGCGCCUUCCAGUGAGUCUGUCACACUCCCGGAUGGGCGCAUUAUCAAUGGAGUGCCUAGCAUCAACUCUGGAGAGGAUUCUAUCAUAUCAGCCUUGCAUUGCAGGCCCUUUGUCGAACCGCUUGUUCCAAGAUAUGAUGCAUUUCUUGUGGCAUGUUAUUCCGCUCAUCCUUUAGUCGGCAUGCUGAAAGAGGCGAUCGCAGAAUAUGAGCAGACGUCCUCCAGAAAAGACUCCGCAAUACCGGAGUGCCGAAAGAAAUAUGUGACAGGCAUAUUCGAAGCUAGUGUCUUGACCUCUCUUUCCCUCAUUAGCUCUUUCCAUCUGAUGGGAGAUGCAAACUUUCAUAAAGCCCAAGCGAAGGACACAUUCGGCAUAGUUACGACUGGGAGCAUCUGGAGAGACGAACUGACAAGAGCGGUCACAGAGAUGAUCGUGAAUUCUGGCGACAGCGGCAGCUCUACUGCUCGCUUUGCCGGUGUGGAGACCACUGGAUUGACAGCCGGUGAAUUACAUACUACGCCUGCCGAAGACGUGAGGAGAAGGAUCAGCGAUGCGACAGAGAGGCUCAUCAAGAGCACGUCGCAUCCUGUAAGUGCCAUUUGUAUGGGGUGUGCAGGGAUGGCAGGCAUGGAGGAAGCGGUGCGAGAUGGCUGUAUCAGGGCAUAUGGUGAACGACAAGGCCGACGAGUGAGGAUAGUGGAUGGCGUAGUCGCCGGGGCAGGCAUGCUUGUGACGGCUUGCAAGGCGGGAUUCUGAGACACUUGAGCAUGGCGUACUUCGUCUUUUCCUGGCACAUAUAAGGCACGCAGCAAAUGCAACUCCAUGGCGUGCCACGGUCAGCUGCACGAUGCUCAGUGAUUUUCCAUGGCUCAGAUUUGAGACGUAGAGUGUGGUUUAGCAUAAUGGUUACUUCAAGACCAAGACGUGGAGUGGAAAGCGGCGUGCAGAUUGACAUCGAAAAAGCAGG